AUGAGAGCGAUGAAGCAGACGACGAAUGAGAUUGCCAGAAACGGACGGAGGAGAAAGAAGAAGAGAUAUUCCAGGAACGAAGGAGAUUCCAUCUACGAGGUAAAGAUUUAUAACACGAUACCUAAUCUGUCUUUCAAGCGGCGCCACCAAAGAAAUUGCCGAGUCUUCCAAUCGCAGUCUAAAGGUACUUCUUCAUCCUCAGCAUUUCUGCCUCCACUAAGGAUUGAUUCUCCUUUGCUUUUCAAUGAUCUUACAAAAGGUUUUACAAAGAAAGAACUGCUAGCGAGAGUUGUCCACUAUUGGGAGGCACGGAACUUAAAAAAAGGCGGAUUACUAAUGGGUUAUGAACUACUUCUUCUCGAUUCAAAGUGCACUACAAUUCAAGCGUUCAUACCAGCUGCCCGAAUAGUCUCCUUUCAAGAAAACCUAAAACCUGGAGUUCUCUACAAGAUUACAAACUUUCUGGUCAUGAACAACAAAACUACAUACAAGGUCACUUCCCAUAAGUUUAUAAUCCAAUUCACUCCGAAAACAACAUUCGUCCAAGCUGAUCAAUAUGACAACACUAUUGUGAGGCAACACUUUCGUAUUCGUUCUCAUGCUGAGUUUAGCGAAGCUGUCAACAAGAACGAAGACCUCUAUGAAUACAAUAUUUAA